UGAUUCUUUUUCAAACAGCAUGAUAAUGAUCCAACGACAUAAUGCACCAUGCACCAAAAGAACCUGGUUGGCACACUCACUUAGCAACCACCACAUUGUUUAUUUUCAAUUUAUUAACAAAAAAUUCAGAAUGGUUCGAAUUACGGAGCAGCUUAUACGAAAACGUUCCGAGCACAAUGAACUAAUCAUUGGCACAUUGGAGGAACUGUCGCUACACCAAGAGGAUAUCGAGCGAAUCGAACAUAUUGGUAACUGGUGUCGGGACCUAAAGAUUCUUCUUUUGCAGUCAAAUCUCAUUUCGAAAAUUGAGAAUAUUCAAAAAUUGAAAAAGCUUGAGUAUCUCAAUUUGGCCCUGAAUAACAUUGAACGUGUGGAAAACUUGGAGGGAUUGGAGUCGCUUAACAAGCUUGAUUUGACACUUAACUUCAUUGGCGAGCUGACAUCCAUUGAGAGCCUUAGGAACAACUACAAUUUGACGGACUUAUAUCUGACAGGAAAUCCUAGCACCGACUAUACCGGCUACAGAGAUUAUGUUAUGUGCGCCUUACCCCAGCUCGAAAACCUAGACGGUGUGGAAAUAACGCGCACAGACCGCUUGCAAGCUAUGAAACAUUAUAAGGCAAACCGGGAUCAAAUUAUACAACAAGAGUUGGCUCACCGGAUUGAACGAGACGAGCAAAAGGUUCGUGUAGCCGAAACACUUCGAGAGCAGGCAGAACACGUCAAAGAUUUGGACGAAGAAGAGAAGUCCGCUCAGUUCUGGCAACAGAAAAGCGAGCAUUGUCCGGAAACAAGAAUCCAGAUGGCUCAGCACUCGAAAAAAGCAAGGGAGAAACCGCCUAGCAAAAGUUUAGACGAUUUUGAUAAGGUGGAGAAACGAAAACCGACUUUAUUCGCAGAAUGUGGACGACCAUAUAGUUUGAACGAACCGAAGAUUAAAUUCGAUUUUCUCGAUGAGGAUGAUCGUUACGAGUUGAAUUUACACGUUUACAAAUAUCUGGAUACAUCAUACAUCGAAGUCGAUGCCCAACCGAACUACAUUAGGGCAACAAUCAAAGGUCGUGUUUUCCAGCUGGCAUUGAAACAUGAAAUCAAGACAGAUUUGUCGACCUGUAAGCGAUCAGAAACAACAGGACAUAUGUUAAUAGUGAUGCCCAAAUUGAAUCCAGAAAACACUAUCAGAUUUGGUCUUGAUAAAAUCUCAGAUAUUCUUGAUAAAUUAUCCAGUCGAAGAGAAUCAAAAGCACAGUCCGAGCUAAAAGGAACGGUUGAUUAUAAAAACAUAAUUAAACACGGAGGAAGUGAGGAGAUCAAUGAAGAUGAAAUACCGCCCUUAAUCUAAGCCGGAAGUGAUAUUGAUUAGAUUACAGAAAUCUUCAA